AUGUCAGAGACCCUUCGCCUGGCAAUUGCUGCUUUUGGCAUUGGUGCCACAAUCGCCCUUUAUGCCGCCCCAUUGGUUGCCUUUAAAAGAAAGGAAAGUACACAGGAAUUUUUUUGCCUUCUUUCUAUCACUGGGCUCCUGAACUGUCUCCUUUUUACUUGGUACGGAUUGCCCGUUGUAAGCCACAACUGGGAAAAUUUGCCUCUCAUCAUAGUUAAUGGAGUUGGGAUCCUUUUUCACUUAUCUUAUAUUCUCGUUUAUUCUUGGCAUGCUUCAGCCAGAGGAAAGGUGAAGGUAGCCAUGACUACAAUUCCAGUUCUGCUUGUGUUCUGCAUAAUUGUUGCAAUCUCAGCUUUAGGCAUUCACGAUUAUGGUCAUCGAAAGCUAUUUGUGGGUAGCAUUGGCUUGGUUGCUUCGGCAGCAAUGUACGGAUAUCCCCUGAAGAAAGGUAUGGAAACGAAGAGUGUGGAAUUCAUGCCGCUAACGUUGUCCAUGUGCUCAUUCUUGGCUAGUGGACUCUGGCUCAUUUAUGGACUUGUCAUUCGUGACAUAUUCGUAGCGGGACCAAAUGCGAUUGGGAUUUACUUGGGCAUCCUUCAGGUGGUGCUCAACAUUAGAUAUCGGAACGUGAGUGUUUUUGAAGAACUAAACAGGGGAGACUUGGAAAAUUGUAACACAAAGGAAGUGAACUUGCAAAAGAGGAGGCCGGAAUUUGAAGUACAAAGGAGAACCCUCUAUGCACCAAUGUGCAAUAGGUUUUCAACCAUUAACUUAAUAAUGUAG